AUGACUAUUUUAAAGUUAUUUAUAGCCUCACUUUUAGUAUACUAAAUAUUCGCUACACCUGGUGUUGAUGUUACUUGCUCUGCUGUAACAUGUACAACUUCUGGAACUUGCCCAAAUCCUCCAACUGUUCCGGGUAGCUUGACCUGGUAGAAUGGUGGAGAUACUGGAAAAUGUGCUAUUAAUAGCUGUCCUGCAAAUACUUAAUCAGGACUUACUGGUGCUUCUGAUCUCUUCUGCCAAUCUUGUCCUGGUACUACUGUAGAUGGUGUUAAAGCUAUCUAUGCUAAUACUGCAUUAACUGGUUGUGUUGCUGCAAUUGAAACUUGUGGUGCUACUAGAGCUGAAAACACUUGGACAAACUCAGAUUGCCUUGCCUGUAAUGGAAGUAGUAGCUAAUAUGCUAAGGCUGAUAAAUCUGGUUGCUAAGCAAGUCCUGUAUCUACUGCUGCUGGUGCUGAUGUUACUUGCUCUGAUACAACAUGCACAACUUCUGGAACUUGCCCAAAUCCUCCAACUGUUCCGGGUAGCUUGACCUGGUAGAAUGGUGGAGAUACUGGAAAAUGUGCUAUUAAUAGCUGUCCUGCAAAUACUUCAUCAGGACUUACUGGUGCUUCUGAUCUCUUCUGCCAAUCUUGUCCUGGUACUACUGUAGAUGGUGUUAAAGCUAUCUAUGCUAAUACUGCAUUAACUGGUUGUGUUGCUGCAAUUGAAACUUGUGGUGCUACUAGAGCUGAAAACACUUGGACAAACUCAGAUUGCCUUGCCUGUAAUGGAAGUAGUAGCUAAUAUGCUAAGGCUGAUAAAUCUGGUUGCUAAGCAAGUCCUGUAUCUACUGCUGCUGGUGCUGAUGUUACUUGCUCUGCUGCAACAUGCACAACUUCUGGAACUUGCCCAAAUCCUCCAACUGCUCCUGCUGGUUUGACCUGGUAGAAUGGUGAAGAUACUGGAAAAUGUGCUAUUAAUAGCUGUCCUGCAAAUACUUCAUCAGGACUUACUGGUGCUUCUGAUCUCUUCUGCCAAUCUUGUCCUGGUACUACUGUAGAUGGUGUUAAAGCUAUCUAUGCUAAUACUGCAUUAACUGGUUGUGUUGCUGCAAUUUAAACUUGUGGUGCUACUAGAGCUGAUAACACUUGGACAAACUCAGAUUGCCUUGCCUGUAAUGGAAGUAGCAGCUAAUAUGCUAAGGCUGAUAGAUCUGGUUGCUAAGCAAGUCCUGUAUCUAUUGCUGCUGGUGCUGAUGUUACUUGCUCUGCUGCAACAUGCACAACUUCUGGAACUUGCCCAAAUCCUCCUACUGCUCCUGCUGGUUUGAACUGGUAGAAUGGUGUUGUUACUGGAAAAUGUGCUAUAAAUAGCUGUCCUGCAAAUACUUCAUCAGGACUUACUGGUGCUUCUGAUCUCUUCUGCCAAUCUUGCCCUGGUACUACCGUCGGUAGAGUUACAGCUGUCUAUGCUAAUACUGCUUUAACUGGUUGUGUUGCUGCAACUGCAACUUGUAGUGCUAAUAGAACUGCUAAUACAUGGACUAAUGCUGAUUGCCUUGCAUGUAAUGGAAGUAGCAGCUAAUAUGCUAAGGCUGAUAAAUCUAGUUGCUAAGCAACAGCUCCUUCUUCUUCAACAAACUCAAUGAUAAUUUUGAGCUCAGUUUUAUUUUUAAUUUCAUUCCUUUUCUGA